AACCAUAAUUAAAAAAAUAAACUUUUUUUUAAAAAAAAACCAUCGUAACAUCGUAAAAUCGUAAAAGCAAAAUGCAUGCAACUACCGUACUUGAAGAUAAAGUUCCCGAAGAUAAAGUUUUAUAUGAAUUAAAAGAACGAAAUCAAGUUACAUUUAGACUCAUAAAGGUAUUCACGAAUAAUGACGAUGACGAUGAUGAAUAUUCACCUCACGCUUACGAUUCCAAAAGUAAAAAGAAUGUAAUGAAUGAUAAAUCACAUACACAAUUAUUUUAUAAUACGACCGACAAAUCAUCAAAUUGUACGCCGUCAUAUCGUCGAACUGUCUAUAGACCAAAUAAUAAUAUUGAUAAUUUAUAUUGGUAUGGUGAAGCCCUUAAACCGGUUAAAUCUACCACCGCUUUAUGGACAAUUGACCAAGCUAAAAUAAAAAAAUCCAAAAUUUUUGGAAGGAUUAAAAGACCAAGAGUAUUUUCAAUCAAUAAUGCUGAAUUAGGAAGUCAUUCAGUAUUUGAAUAUGGUAGUAGUGAACAUGAACCAAAAGGUUAUUCAGGUGAAGUUACAACUCCAUUCGAUCAAUCUAGCAUACAAAGAUAUAGAUGGGUUAGGUAUAAGGAUGGUUCUAGAUGGGUAUUCAUAGCUAGAAAUGAUCCAAAUACACCUUUAGUUGAAUUUCGUAAAACCGCUUUCGAAAAUGAAUAUGACAUCGUAUUCUUAGAACCUUCUUCAUUAGGUUGGACUUAUAGAAAUUUUUCAUCAGAUAAAACAAAUUCUGUUGAUUUAAAUCAAUCGGCUCAAUUUACGGGAAGAUAUCCUUCAGUUUUUUCCAAUCCUUCAACAUAUCGAUCUUCCACUACUUCAGGUUUUCUUUCUAAUCGGGAAUCUUCAUUUUCUGAUAUUUCUAAUAAUGGGAAUUAUAGUAAUAAUAAUGACAAGAAUUCAAAAUUAUUUUCAACUUAUUCUGAAAGUAAAUUUACUACUUCGUUAAAAAAUUUAUCAAAAUUAGAUUCCAAAAUAGAUACUGAAAAGUAUUGGCAAGAAUUCGUUUUAGCUUCUACUGUUGUUAUUCAAGAAGAAGUUAAUUCAAACAAACGAAAAUUAUGGAAAAAAAAUUGAAAGGAUAAAAAAAAACUAAAAAGACAAAAAAAAGAUAUAUAUAUUUACUGUGUAGAUAUAUAUAUAUAUAUAUAUAAAUACUUACAUAAAUACCUAAAA